AUGGAGCUAGCAGUGGCCCUACUGACGGGAGGAAAUAAAUCGGCCACCGGAACUAACUGCUGCCCUUCCGGCAACGCUAACGGAAGUGCGGCCGAGAUGGGCUGGAGUGCGACUUCCUCCGAGCUGGAGUUCGCCUGGAGGGAAGGAACACCGGCCAGCCCGUCGACACUUGCUGGCAAACAUCCCGAACCGAACGGCACGGCCGAAAGCAUACAAAAUAUGGACUUCUUCUCGAUUCUGCCACUGUGGCGACUGAUCGUGUGGAACGUGCUGUUCGCCGGCAUCGUAAUAACGGCCACCGUCGGUAAUCUGAUCGUGGUGUGGAUCGUCCUAUCCCACAAGCGGAUGCGCACGGUGACCAACUACUUUCUCGUUAAUUUAUCGAUAGCGGACGCAAUGGUUUCCACGCUGAACGUUACCUUCAACUACACGUACAUGCUGUACCUGGACUGGCCGUUCGGGACAAUGUACUGCAAAAUAUCACAGUUCGUUGCCAUUCUCAGUAUAUGCGCUUCCGUGUUCACGCUGAUGGCCAUCGCGAUAGAUCGGUACGUGGCCAUCAUGAACCCGCUGAAGCCUCGCAUGGGCAAGAAGGCAACACUGUGCGUUGCGGCCAGUAUCUGGAUCGUCGGUACGAUCAUCUCCUGCCCAUCGCUACUGUUCUUCACGACCUACCCGAUGAAGGACCAUAUCCUGUGUUACGCCGAAUGGCCGGACGGUCCAUCGAGCCUCUCGAGGCAGGAGUAUGUGUACAAUAUCGUGUUUAUGCUGCUAACGUACUUUCUACCGAUCGGCUCAAUGACGUACACGUACGCCCGGGUUGGGCUGGAGCUGUGGGGCUCCAAGAGUAUUGGCGAGUGCACGCAGCGGCAGCUGGACAACAUCAAAAGCAAACGUCGGGUCGUUAAGAUGAUGAUGAUUGUGGUGAUAAUCUUUGCCGUUUGCUGGCUUCCGUUUCAUAUCUACUUCAUCCUCACGUCGUACUAUCCGGAGCUGACGAAGAAAUCGUACAUCCAGGAGGUGUACCUGGCCAUCUACUGGCUCGCGAUGAGCAACUCCAUGUACAAUCCCAUCAUCUACUGCUGGAUGAACUCGCGGUUUCGCCGCGGCUUCCAGCAGUUCUUCCGCUGCUGUCCGUUCGUGCGCGUCACACCGGACAGUGCCAGCAGCCACCGGCGCACCGGUACGUCCCGAUACUCGUGCUCCGGUUCACCGGACCACUUGCGAAUAGUAAGAAAUGAUACCGAACGUUCGUUUCUGUACAACGGUUCCCAGUCGCCGACCGGCCAACGGAAAUGGCAAACCGGUCCCAUGCGACGGGUGAACACGAUACUGGCGAGCCAGCUGAAUCAAACCACCAGUCUGUGCUGUGCGUCCCAGGACAAUCCACAGAGCCGGCCGGUGAAGGAUUAGCACCAACUGCACGAGCUGGGCCACGGUAUCUGCGGAUCGAUGGCAUCACGUCGUAGAACGCGUUCGUGCCAAUCGGUGGAGGAGCUGUAAAUAUAACACCCCACACCCAGCAUGUCUGGGGUCUCUUUGGUUUGGCGGCAAAGGACAGAGUCUUUGAAGCUCAGCGCGAUUAGUGGUGGGGAGGUUUUUGUCUUCUUUUUUGUCGCUGCUGAAAUCCCGCGUCAGCCAGAUCGGGUACAACGUUCGGAAGAGUUACGGUCCGGUGCGGAUACGCUUCCCCAGACAUUCCGUACCCACUGUACCGGUACUCAAACCGGGGACCGUGGUACUUCAUUGUGACGAUGAAGGAAGAGAUUGAAAUUCUCGUAAAUUAAUUUGCCCACCGUGUAGUGACCUCUCCCACUCCCAUGCAGGGGAACCUCGGAAGGAUGUAAACCACGUAAGGGGGUUUUCUUUCAUUCCAUUCCAUCGUCUGGUAGAUCUGGUAGUAUCCGUGCGCCUGCAAAGGUACACACGUAAGUUAAGUUCCGGCGAACACACCGCAGAACGUGCCAGAUGCCAACGCACGCCGCAGCAGGUACGCCGCGCGUUAAGCUGAUUAACAGCCUGCUGGCCGCUGCUUUAUUUAUAGCGAGCGAAACACCCGAAAAAUCCCCGCGUUGUCCCGUCGGGUCGGGUUAUCUUUCGGCUUUGGUUUGUCGACGGUGAAACCAAAAAAAAAAAUGGGAAGCAAAAAAGGGAUACUGUUGUUUUAUGCGUUUUGUCCCUGCGCUCUUGCAUUGGCGAGGCGAGAUGAAUUUGUUGCCCUCACUCUGUUGCUCCCACCGUGCUUUUUUAAGGUCCGUCUACACCCUCACCUCCGAUAGCGACGGACCUUUCUUCCCUUCCCUCGACCGGGGACGAAUUUAGUCGUCCCCCCCCUCUCUCCCUCCCAA